CUAUUCCCUUUCCUUCCUCUUUAUCCUCAUUCCUCGACGCCGCUGUCGUCAAUCCGCUCCUUAGUUUUCACCACUGAGCCUCUACUGUCUGGGCCUGAAGCCUGCUCUAGGGAAUCAAUUAAUCACGUCGUCACCAUGUCGCUCUUCGCUUGGUGCUCGAGAAGAGCGGGAGGACUGGCGAUGCUAAUGACUAUGGCCCUCAGCUACUGGGUUAUCUCGAAGGAAGCGGCUGCAUCUCGGUACGAAUACAAGUAUGCGCAACAAGAUUCGUUAAGCCACCCCUCGACCGUGCCUUUGUCGGCGGAGGGCGGUGGGAUAUGGACCAUCAUCUUCGCCUACUACUGCCUACUCAUCCAUAUGCUUGUAUUUGCUUUCCCGAUCCGUUCCUGCUGGGCAAUGGUCGACAUCACUCAAUCCCUGGGCAAGGCGCUAAAGAGCAAGUCGCUGAGGGGUAUCAAGCUGUCCCAUCGUCGUCGCGGAUCCUCCACCUCCCUCUCCAGCUCCGAGACCUUGACCUCUUCCAAGGAGGACUCCCUGCCCUCCUCGACUACGAGUAGCGAAGCUGGCGAUACGGAGCCUGAAUUCUACACCGACGGCGACAAUGGGGAUGCCGAGCACGAUCGUAUCGUCCACGCUAUAAUCAUCCCCAACUACAAGGAGGAAGUUGAUAGCCUACGGGAGACGCUCGACGUCUUGGCAUCGCACCCGACCGCCCGAUACUCUUACGACAUCUACCUAGCAAUGGAGCAGCGGGAGCACAACGUCGAGCUCAAGGCCAUGAACCUCAUUCAGGAAUUUGUCAAGAAGUUCCGCUCAAUCGACUUUACCCUGCACCCCUCCGACAUCCCUGGCGAGUCCCCCGGUAAAGGCAGCAACGUUGCGUGGGCUGCACGCAAGCUCAGCGAAAAGUACUCUAUGGCCGUUAGGAAGGAUGUUAUCGUUACUGGAAUUGAUGCUGACAGCCACCUAUCAUCUAAUUACUUUGCCCAGCUCACCGACAUGCACCUAUCGUACCCCGAAACAGCACACACCACGCUGUACGCCGCGCCGAUUCUGUUCGAUCGCAAUGCCCACGACGUCCCGGCUAUCGUCCGCGUCGCUGAUAUUCUGUGGGCUUCUGCUGGUCUUUCCGGUCUGUAUCGCGGGUCUACUAUCGCCCCACCGACGUCUGUCUACUCCCUGCCUCUCAAACUGGUCGACCGUGUCGGUGGUUGGGAUUGCGACCCCGAGGCUAUCGGCGAGGAUCUGCACAUGUACCUGAAGUGCUUCUUCGCGCUGAACGGAAACCUGACUGUCAGGACCAUCAUGAGCGCCGUCAGCCAGAGCAACGUCAAGGGCAAUGGCGGUGAGGGCUUCCAAGGACUGUACAAUGACAUGAACGCUCGCUACAAGCAAGCACUACGACACAUGUGGGGAGGCCUCGAUUCCGGCUACGCUAUUCGCAAGUUCGCCGAGCUUUGGCAAGAGCGCAAGCACACGUCGAGGGCUUUCCGUCCCCUUCACAUCGCCCUGAACAACCCUUCCGACUCGUUCAUUACCCAGACCCAGUUAGACAUGAACCCCGAACAUACGAUGGAGAGCGGAAUUUUCUCUGAUGUGACAACCGAUACUCUGAAGGAGCCCGACUGGGCACGCAUAGUAUACCUGUUUCACCGUCUUUUCGAGGCCCACUUCCUGCCGCUUCAGACGACCAUCUUGGUUAUUGCCUCAACCUUGUAUGUCUGGGUUACCGAUGGCGGCUCCGACCCUCACCAGCUGGCUUGGAUCUUCAGCAUCUGCAACUUUUUGCGAACGGGCGGCUUUAUGGUAGUCGCGCUAUUGUUAUUCCUGUACGAGCGGUUCCACAAGAUCGGCGCGGCCGCGCGCGAGAGGGAGAUGCACGAGGCCGGUCUGGCCAAGGGAAUGUGUUUCUCGCGCCGGCAAGCCAAGAAGAACUUUAUCGACUACGUCAUGGUCCCUCUCGUCGCGCCGCUAUACGGUGCCAUCCCGACCGCGCAGGCACAGAUUAUGCACUUUUUCACCGUCGACCUAGUAUACACGGUCAGCAAGAAGGUCACGCGCCAACGUGCGAAGUCUCUAAUCGCAGAUAUGGCGUAGCGACCGGGGC